AUGGCUCGCACCUGCCAGCCACCCAUGCGGAAGAUGGCACGUGCCCAGUGGCCACUCGCACAGGAAGAUGGCGCGCUCCAGCCGCCUGCUUGCUGCCUGCGCUGGAAGAUGGUGCGCAACCACUGGCUGCCUGUGCAAGAGAUGACGCCCGCGCCCGAGGCCAUAACGUUCAAGGAUGUGGCUGUGGCCUUCACUGAGGAGGAGCUGGGGCUGCUGGACUCCACCCAGAGGAUUCUGUACCGAGACGUGAUGCUGGAGAACUUCAGGACCCUGGUUUCCUUGGAAAGCAAGAGUCAACAUGUAAUGAAACAUAUUCAAGAAAUGCAGUUAAACUACCUUUCCCCUAAAGAGCUUUCUUCUCUUCCACAAGAUGCAAGUGGAUUAACCAGGUGCCAAGAUUCCAUCAGAAACAGUCAGGGUGCUAAUUUUCAGCUAAAGAACCAAAGGGGAAGGUCCAGUGGGUACAGGAUUUGUGGUAAAGCCUUCAGCCAUAGUAUAGGCUUCAGUGAUAUUUUUAGGGCCCAAAGUGGGGAGAAACCACAUGAAUAUGAAGAAAAUAGAUAUGUCUUUAACCAGAGCUCAUAUCUUGAAGUUCAUCAGAAAACCCACCUUGAAGAGAAACUGUGCACAGAUUUGGAGUGUGAGAAGGACUUCAUUUGUAGUUCAGGUUGUAGCGUUCAGCAGAGAGUUCACAUAGAAGAGAAUCUCUAUAAUUCUGAGGCAGUUGAUAACAACCUCAGGUUGGCCUCAAAUUUUCAGGACCUUCAGAUUAUCCACAAUAGGAAACAAGCAUACGAACGUUUUGCAUGUGGUAACAACAUCAGUCAAAUUUCAUAUAUCCAGUGCAAUCAGAAAAUUUGUACUGCAGAGAAAACAUGUAAGAAGUAUGAGAAUGGCUUCAAUUGGAGUUCAAAACAUAAAGACUAUCAGAAAGUUGACACAGGAGAUAAACUGUACAAAUGCAAUGUGUGUGACAAAGGUUUCAGCCAUAAGUCAGUUCUUAAAGUUCAUCAGAGAAUCCACACAGGAGAGAAGCCUUAUAAAUGUGAGGAGUGCAGUAAGGAAUUCACUCGGAAUUCAUAUCUUCAAGCUCAUCAGAGAAUCCACUCUGGAGAAAAGCCAUACAAAUGUGAGAAGUGUGGGAAGGGAUUCAGUCGGAAUUCCUACCUUCAAGGCCACCAGAGAAUCCACACAGGAGAAAAGCCAUACAAGUGUGAGGAGUGUGGGAAAGGCUUCAGGCGGAGCUCACACCUCCAAGGCCACCAGAGAGUUCACACUGGGGAAAGACCAUACAAAUGCGAGGAGUGUGGGAAAAGCUUCAGCUGGAACUUUAAUCUUCAGAUUCACCAGCGGGUUCACACAGGGGAGAAGCCUUACAAAUGUGGAGAAUGUGGUAAGAGCUUCAGUAAGGCCUCAACUCUCCUGACUCAUGAGAGAGUCCACACUGGGGAGAAGCCAUACCGGUGUGAGGAGUGUGGGAAGAGCUUCAGUCAGAGGUCAUACCUUCAGAGCCAUCAGAGUGUUCACACUGGAGAGAGACCAUACAUAUGUGAGCUGUGUGGGAAGAGUUUUAGUCAGAGUUCUCGUCUUGAGGUCCAUCAGAGGGUCCACACAGGAAGGAAGCCUUACAAAUGUGAGGUGUGUGCCAAGGGCUUCAGUGAGAGCUCACGCCUUCAAGCACAUCAGAAGGUCCACACAGAAGGAAGACCCUAUAAGUGUGAACAAUGUGGCAAAGGCUUCAGUGGAUUUUCAAGCCUUCAGGCCCAUCAUAGAGUCCACACUGGGGAGAAACCAUACAAAUGUGAGGCGUGUGGGAAGGGCUUCAGCCAGAGAUCCAACCUUCAAGCUCAUCAGCGAGUCCACACGGGAGAGAAACCUUUUGAAUGUGAGGCAUGUGGGAAGGGUUUUCGUUGGAGCUCAGGCCUCCUGAUUCACCAGAGAGUCCAUAGUGAUAAGUUCUAUACAAGUGAAGAGUGCAGUAAUAAUUACCCUUCUUCCCAGACUCUACAAUGAAGAAAUGAAGUUCUAGAAAAUAGUCUGUUCAAAACCUUCAAAUGGGAGUGGAAAUUUCCCAUUCACUAG